AUGACGGAUGAACAUUAUAUGUCUAUAGCGCUAAAACUUGCGGAAAGAAACUUGGGUUUGGUCGCUCCAAACCCGUCAGUUGGGUGUGUCAUAGUUAAGUAUGGGGUGAUAAUAGGGGAAGGGCAGACAGCUCCUGGGGGGCGACCCCAUGCGGAGACUGUAGCUUUGACAAACUCCAAGAUGUCUCCACAAGACUCUAUCAUGUAUGUGACGUUGGAACCUUGCUGUCAUCAAGGAGUCACUGGGCCUUGCGCUGAUGAGAUCAUCAGGUCUAAGAUCAAGAAGGUUGUGGUUGCCACUGUCGACCCGGACAAGAGAGUUUCUGGAGGAGGGAUCAAGAAACUCAUUGAAGCAGGAGUGGAAGUUGUACAAGGCGUGAUGAAAGAGGAAGCUGAGGACUUGAAUAUUGGCUUUUUCACCACGAGGAGACUCCACCGUCCGUGGAUCACGUGUAAAAUCGCUACCACCUUGGAUGGUAAAAUAGCUUCAGCGAGUGGUGACAGCAAAUGGAUAACUCAAGAGGAUACUAGAGAAUGGGUUCACCAGGUGAGAGCUAAAUACGACGCUGUGAUGAUCGGAAGCAACACUUUAGUUAGUGAUGACCCUUUGUUGACCUGCAGAAUACCCGGGAUGGAAGACAGAUCUCCUGUCAGAAUCAUCAUAGAUAGCCAACAGAGAUUGAAGGAAACUCACAAAAUAGCAAAAACAGCUGACAAAGUGAAGACGUGGAUUGUCACAAAUAAGGAGGUCACAAUGAAAAUUCAGUUUGUUAACUACCUUGUAGUGGAAUCUAACGGUGAUGGAAAAGUUUGUAUGAAGGACGCGAUGGAAAAGAUAGCUUCAGUGGUGGGUAUCACGAGAUUGUUGGUGGAAGGGGGAGGGGGUUUGCUGACGGAACUGCUGAAGGAAAACUUGAUAGACAGAUUGAUAAUGUGCAGAAGCGGGAAAAUCAUUGGGAACGAUGGAGUGCCUUGUGUGAGAGAUCUAGGGAUCGCGACGAUCAGUAAAUGUCUCAGGUUCAGGAAAGUUGAAGUGAAGGAGUUCAGUGAAGAUGUAGCUGAAGUUUGGGAUAAGCUGUAGUUUGACUUAGUUUAAAUUUAGUCUCAUCUUAGCAAACUAUUGCACCCCACCCAAAAACACUAUAGUACGGUCUACGAGAGACUGCAGUUGAGGGAGGAGCCUAUAUACCACGUGACUUCGAAGUAGCCAAUGAGGACCGUGUGUUGUUGCCAAAUCUAAUAAUACCAGCUGAUUAGAAAAUAUUAUUUAGUACAUUUUAUUAUUUUAAUAAUUGUCGAAAAUUAGUGAACUGGUGAUGUUGCAACGCCAACUGCAGACUCU